AUUAUUUAAGGUUUGAUACAAGAAAAAGAGAGAUGUGAGGGUGUUUAGUUAGGUGAGAAACUCUGGACCGACCAAGUGGUCGAUUCAAGUCUGUGCAAAGCCGACAAAAGGGGCAAAUCUGUCAUUCACUCUGUUUUCAACCUGAGAUUCACCAGAAACAAAAACAUACGGCGGAGUAAAAAACAAAGGCGACGGAGAUACCAAGAAAAAAAAAAUACAGAGGAGGAAAAGAAGCACAUUGUCGCCGUCUCUUUAACUUCCUUCAUCAAUCUCCGUCUCGUGAAUCUCUGUUUCUUUGAUCUGUAAUUGCGAAUUCGUCGUUUCCCAAUUUUGAAAUUGUUGUAAUGUCGGCGGUCUCGUGCUCCACGGCGAGUUCUAGCGGAGGAUGUGCAUUUAGGUUUCGAUCAAAGACAUCAAUCCAUUCUCCUAAUUUCAUCAGAAUUGGGACAAAUUCUCAGAGUGACAGAUUCUGUAAUCAUCGUUUGGAAUUGGUACAUGGAACUCGUAAAGUGAAAGGAGCAUCUGUACGUAUGGCAUUAGUUGAGGAGAGACAAUCAACGAGCAAAGAUGUUGCUGAGCCUCCUCGGGUCCUGGCGUAUGAUCUUGUUCAAGGAGCACUUGUGAAAUGGAGAUGGAAGGAUGACAAAUCUGUUCCAGAUACACCUACUGCUGUUCUCCUACACGGAAUUUUAGGGAGCGGGAAAAACUGGGGCACUUUUGCUCGUAGAUUGGCUCAUGAAUUCCCAACGUGGCAGUUUCUAUUGGUAGACCUGCGUUGCCAUGGGGAUUCAACAUCUCUCAAGAAGAGAGGUCCACACUCGGUUGCUACUACUGCUUCUGAUGUUCUAAAACUUGUUGGUCAGUUGAGGUUAACACCUCGGGUCCUUGUUGGUCAUAGCUUUGGGGGGAAAGUUGUAUUAAGCAUGGUAGAGCAAGCAGCUAAGCCUCUUCCACGACCAGUCCGAGCUUGGGUAUUGGAUGCUACUCCUGGUAAAGUUCGUGCAGGAGGAGAUGGAGAAGAUCAUCCACGAGAGCUUAUAUCAUUUCUACGUAAAUUGCCAAAAGUGGUCUUGUCAAAGCGCGAGGUUCUUAAAGCUCUUAUAAAUGAAGGGUUUUCCAAUGAUGUCGCACAGUGGGUCAUUACCAAUCUCAGACCUACUGGACCAUCAGCUUCUAGCUUCUCGUGGACAUUUGACCUAGACGGGAUCGCUGAACUUUACCAGUCUUACGAAGAGACAAAUCUAUGGAACUUUGUUGAGAAUCUUCCAAGAGGAGUACAUGUGAAUUUUCUGAAAGCGGAAAGAAGCUUGCACCGUUGGGCCCUAGAAGACCUUCAGCGAAUCCACGCCGCUGAAGAGCUAGCCUCUGAAGAAGGCGGUGGUGUAGAAAUGCAUGUCUUGGAAGAUGCCGGUCAUUGGGUUCACACGGAUAACCCGGAUGGUCUCUUCAGGAUCUUGUCAUCUUCUUUCCAGGUUCUCAGAGCCUAGAGGUGCUGAACGGUCUUGGUUCGGCUCUUUUUCUGUGUAAUACUUGUGGAGAAGUUAGGUCUAAAAACAGUUGACAGAUACAAUAUCAUAUACAUCAACACUGUGUCCGUGUAAUGUUCUGUGUGACAUAAGUAAUUCAGAAGUAACAUCAUAUGGCUGUAUCAUCCGGUAUUAUUCUUGACUCGAUGUCCUUUACAUUGCUUUUCUUUUUUUGUGGUUCACUUGGUCAGAGAAAGUUCUAAAGCUCAA